GGUUGCUAAGCAAUUGACAAAAUGUUUAUCCUUUCAAUAUUUCUAGUCACUUUAAUGUAUUAGGUUAAUUUUAUGGUAUUAAAUUGAAUUUCAUAUAUUUUGCAUAUCAAAAUGGCCCGAAAAGAGGAACCAAAAAUUCUACCUAAUAAUGAGCUUGAAAAGAAAAUAAUAGAGGCUUUCGAAGUUUUUGAUCAUUCUGGGAAACAAGUGGUUGACGUUCGAGAAGUCGGUACUAUCUUGCGAUCUCUAGGAUGUUGUCCUACGGAAGCUGAAGUUCAAGAAGUAAUCCUGGCCACUGAAAACAAAGAAGCUACCGGAAACGUUCCACUUAUAAAUUUUCUUCCCUAUAUGUGCAAGGCUAUAACUGAUCACAGGUUUUAUCCAGCGAGCGCUGAGGUUUUGCUAGCAGCGUUCCGUUAUUUCGACAAAGAAGGACAAGGUUUUAUAACUAAAGAGAGGUUUUCACAACUCAUGCUUGAGGAAGGGGAGCCAUUUACUCAGGAAGAAUUUGACGAGAUGAUUCAAGUGGCACUAGAUCCUGUCACGGAUACUAUAACUUACGAGUAUUAUAUUAAUCAACUUAUGGUCGCUAGCAAAGAAACAUAUAAUAUAGCAGAUGAAAUAGAGAAAGAAAGAUUAAGAAUUGAAGCAGCGGCUCCCAAAAAGAGAAGAGCUUCGUCUUUGUUACGAGCAGCCCAAAACUAAAAAAAUACCCUAUUAGUUUUUGGUGGAAGAUGAGGCUAUCGAAAUCGAAAGUAAUAGAAAAUAAUUCAAAAUUUCAUGCUAUAAGAAUACACUCAAUGUAUGAUUCUGAUACUCACAAA